GGGCUUGGAGUGAGAAGGUAGCUCAUAUAGAAGGCACUAAGUGAGGUGGAUCCAAAAGUUGAAAAUAAAACGAAAGAAUAAAUAUGUGCCACGCCCAUUCCUGACAGCUGGUUUGGUGGGGCUAAGGCUGCUGGAUUCUGACAGCAAAGGGGGUGGAGACUUAGCUCAUCAGAAGUGUUUGUCUAAAGCAAUUUCUCCUUUUUUAUUUCCGGACUAAAUUUCAAGAGAUCCGCAGGAGCUGCAGGACACCCACAGUGCUCAGACUGCUGCCCGUGCAGAGCCUGGCACCACAGGUGUUGGAGCACCUUCCCUCCCUUCCUCCCACGGAAACGCUCCCUGCAGGCAGAAGCACUGGGGCACUCGGCCAUCCGCGGGCUCUCUAAGCACAGAACAGACUGUUCCUGCUGCCACCCAUCUCUGAACCGCUGGAAUGAAGGCUGGGCACAGGAAGGAUGUCCCAACUCAGGCAAGGACACCCCACUAAACAGAAAACCUUCUGCUGGGUUCGGCAGUGAGUCGAACUGCUCCUUGGAAAUUUGGGGUUUUGUUCAUUAACAGCAGGAUUUGCCUCACCACAGACAAUGGAUUACAAAACAUUACCUGUGAAUGAAUGGGAUGAGAACCAUGUCAAAUGUUGGCUGGAAUCUACUGGAAUCAAGAAGGAGUAUGUAGAAAAACUACAUGCAGAAGAAGUGACUGGUCCAGUACUGAUGGAACUGGAUGAGUCUUUCCUCAAAGACAUAGGAAUGAAGAAAGGCCAAAUCCAUAUCUUAAUCCAAAAGAGAAAUGAACUUCUGCAGCUCCAGAAGAAUGCACAGCAGGCUGAUGGCUCCAGCAGUAAAACAUCCAACAGGACGGAUGCACAAACAGGCCCAGCCAGAGCCAGCAAUUCCCCUGCUCAGGGCACAGCCAGUAGAGACAGCUCUGGUGCUGUGGGUACAACCAGCAGUGAGAACACAGCUCCUACUUCUGGCAAGAAGCAAAAAAGCAGCAAGAAAUCCCUGCUUCAAAGUCCUGAUGAAGUUUUAGAGCUUAGAAGCUGUCGGCCAUUUAAAAGUGAGGACACUGAUUUCAAAUAUGUGAAAGACACAGUUCUUGUUCCAGAAUCAGGGGUCAGUGAUUUAAUCAUGCCUUGCCAUGAAUACAAAUCUUUUGCCAUUGCUGCAGAACUGAACAGAGAUCAACUGCAAUCAAAAUUUGCCUCUGAAGUGAUACGUUUUGCUUCAGCCUGCAUGAACAUUCGAACAAAUGGCACCAUCCAUUUUGGUGUCAUGGACAGUGUUGAGGACAAGGCCUGGAAACAUGGACAGAUCGUUGGCGUGAAGGUCAGAAACCGAGAAGACUUUGUUGAGGCAUUGAAUUAUAUAGAUAAGUGCUUUUGCAAUAAUUUACAAGAAAUUGCAUGGAAAUGCAUUCGCCAACCUGUGUUUGUUGAAGUGAUUUCGAAAGACUCUCAGGAACAAAGAUUUGUAGUGGAGGUUGACAUUGAACCAACAUACAGCUUGGUAAAGAACAAGUGUUUUGAAGUUUAUUUGCCCAAAUACAACGAAAGCAGUCGGAAGGUGAUCCUGACCAAAGAACCAGCUCUCUACCAGAGACUUGGUGCAAAGUCUGAACCUGUGCAGCGCGACAAACUCACUGCUUUCAUUCAAGCUACGCAAGCCAGGGAUGCUCACAGAGAGAGAGCUGAGCUCUCCAGCACACAAGUACCCACAGAAAUACCUCAAGAUUUAGGAAGAAAGUUAUCAAUUCUAUUGAAUGAUGGCAAAAGCUACAUGGAUGAUUCCCUACGGUACAUCCUUGUCACAAACAGAUGCGAACAGGAUAAUCUGAACCACAUCAACUUUUUAAUGCACCUGAACAUUUUCUGUGUCUUUGACUUUGAUGAAGAUUCUAAUGUGUCAGGGCUGUACAGCAAAUACAAAGAGCACCAUGAAACAAGUUCUUAUUUUUUACAGGAUUUUUUCAAAGAAAUUAAGACUGAUAAUUCUCCCUCUCAGAAACUGUUUGAUCAGACCAGCUGGAUAUUCUGCAAUGGGCGCAGUGACUUCCUUGGGGAUGAAAAACCUUGUGAUGAGAAUACAUGGAUUAGAACAAAAAAAAAAUACCUGAAGAAAGUAAUUACUUGUAUCUGUGAGGAAAUUCUGCCAGAGCGCUCUUUCAUUGUGCUUUUUCUAUUGCUAUCACCAGUGCAGAAACCACUUGUGGACACUUUUCAGGAAUUCUAUACAGAGAUGAAUGGCAUGGAGUACAUCAUCUGCCUUACAGAGUCCAGAGAAAAUUACAAAAAGUGGGCUGGUCUAGUUCAGGAGUCCUGCGGCAUUGAGACACUAGAACAACGCAGCAUUGUGGGUAUGAAGCUCAGUCACGUAGAUGCCACCAUCCAAUCAAUGCUGCCUUCUACAGCCCAACCCAGACACCUGCCAGCUUCCACUGGAGGCGUGUGUACACUUCCCUUGCGGGAAGAAGAGAAACUGUAUUCCCUAGAAAUCCUUUGUGCUGAUCAAUGUGAUGAUAUCAACCUAAAUCUUUGGACUGAAGAACAAAAACAAGAAAUAGAACAAAAUUUUUACCGUGGGAGAAAAAUCAUGUGGGAAAACUUGUGGCUUGCUGAUAAAAAACUUUGUGGGGAUAUCAUUGAACGUGAAGCAUGCACGGAGGCAAGCAAACUUUUGGAUGGCAUUUUACGAGGAAGUGGACAAAAUUAUUCUGUGGCUAAACUAAAGAUAUUUCACCAUCCUGGGAGUGGUGGAAGCACAAUAGCACGGCAGGUUCUAUGGAAAAACAGAAAGCGUUUUAGAUGUGCUGUUAUCAAGACCUCAUAUUCACAUUCUACUGUUUGCAAGCAUGUGCUCGCCCUUAGAGAUUAUGAAGAAAAGGAGAUCACUCACUGUUUUCCUGUGCUGCUCCUGAUCGAAGAUUAUGAGGACGAGUACUUUGAAGAACUACAGAUUGAUUUAAUGGAGGCCGUAGCAACCAGGAAAAUGAAUACCUGCAAGCCUUACUUCAUCCUCAUAUGCUGCAGACGAUACAAUAACCCUGAACGGCUUUGCAAGGCUUCGCCACUGGACACAGUCGCUGUCACUCACAAACUGACCGAGUCAGAAAAAAAUCUGUUCAACAAUAAACUUGAAAAACUGCAGCAGAAAUAUGGCGAAGCAGAAUUCAUACUUACGUUUGUGCUGAUGUGUGAGGAGUUCAAUAAAACGUACGUGUCAGACACAGUAGAGCACAUGCUGCAAGGCAUCGACCCUUCCUCUCGUGACACCUGCUUGAUGCGUUAUGUGGCUCUGCUCAACUGCUAUGUACCCAAUUCAUACAUUUCACUGUCACACUGUGAGGCUUUUCUGGGAUUGGGGGCAUAUACAGAGAGUAAAGCAAGAGCAUAUGAUUUCAAACAUCACUUGAGUGAACAAGUCAGAAUGAUUUUUAUUGAGCUAAGGGAAAGUACCACUUAUAUUUCAUCUGUUAGGAUAAUACACUGCCUAGUUGCAAAAGAAAUUCUGUAUCAGCUUUCAGGAAAUCAAUCACUAAGUCAACUUGCAACAACUCUUCUUCAGGAAAAGGUACUCUUUGAAAACAGAUUUGGACAAAAAGAAUUCAUAAAGUUUAUCAGACAUCUGUUUAUUCGACGUGAUAAAAGAAGCAGGGGUGACAAUACUGAUACUCUCUUCUCACCAUUCAUUGAACACGUCUGUGAAGCUGAAGACUGUGAAAAAGCCAUUGCUGUCUUACAAGCUGCGUAUGAACUCCUUGGAAAAGAUCCCUUUUUUGCCCAGCAGCUUGCCAGACUAAAUUACAGCAAUGAAAGAUUUGAAGAUGCAAAAUACUGGGCAAAGGUCGCAAAAUCGCAUUUGCCAAAUGAUUCUUAUAUUUUGGAUACAGAAGGUCAGGUCUACAGGAAAUUGUUUAAUUUCACUGUGGAUAAAAUGACAGAGGAGGACAGCCCUGAAAAGAUCACUGAGACAAUACUAAUUGCUCUUAAAGCUAUGAAAUGCUUCAGGGCUGCACAACAGGCAGCAAAGGAAGAACGGGAAAGUAUGAACAAUGCUGGCUAUUAUGGAGAAGUAGAAGUAGGGUGUCGCCUUCUUCGAUUUUUGUCCACACUGCCUGUAUUCGCCAAAAGUCCAGAGGGGGAAUAUCCCGUGCUUGUGAAAUAUCUCACCACAGAUUACAUUCCUGAAGACAUAAAAAGAACAUGGGGAACGCUUCAUUCCCGCUUAAAAGGCUUGCGCCAGAACCUGUACAAUGCUCUGGAAUGGAUUUCAGAAGAACUAAGUUAUUUCCAAACAGAGAAAAACCAAGAGAAGGAUGAUGAAAAUGAUGAUAAGGAAGAACUAAUUCAUAAUCCCAGAAGAUGGCUGAGAAGACAGUCAGCAGUAUAUGCUAAAUUCUUCUUCUCAGAAUCACUUAUUGCUGACCACAGCUGCAGUGGUCCUGACACUCAGCUCAUGAGACGGAUGAAUAUUUAUGGAAGUGGUGGAGGAAAUGUCACCAAUAUCCUGUCAUUCUUAACAGAUAAGAAAGAGAACAGGUCAGCUGAAAAGCUAGAAAACAUCCUUAGUUUCUAUCCUGAAAACCCACUGAGAAACAGGCUGGAGGACAAUGAUUUGAUAAAUUUUAUUUUGAGCCACAUCACAUUAGCCUGCUUAGCACCAGGAUCAGCCAAACUCUUUCCACUGCCAACUCUUCGUGAGCUCAGUCUAAGAUUUGUCAGAGGANUCAAAAGAGUUUCUGGCUGGACCAAGGACAGAAAUUUAUUUAUACGUGGUCACGUGAAGGAGCUCCGUAUCUUGCCACUCCAUCAUGAAUCAGUGCCUGCUGGAAAUGAAAAUGUGACCUUUUAUUUAGGCUUUUCAUUUAAUGGUCUUUGUCCAGUCUCACAUUUAAAACUGAAAGUGGACAAGAAACCACUGGGGUCCUUAGAGGAGAGGAGAAUGAAGUGGCUGCAUGGAACUGUAUGGAGUAUUCCUCUAAUUCGUGACAAUCUCAAAAGAGUUUCUGGCUGGACCAAGGACAGAAAUUUAUUUAUACGUGGUCACGUGAAGGAGCUCCGUAUCUUGCCACUCCAUCAUGAAUCAGUGCCUGCUGGAAAUGAAAAUGUGACCUUUUAUUUAGGCUUUUCAUUUAAUGGUCUUGUUGCUUUCAAUAUUGAGGUUGAAAAUGAUCCAGCCAUCAGAAGAAUGUUGGGUAUGUAGUACAGCACUGUAUGCACGUGCUCUUAGAGGGUACUGCAUUGGUACUGCCUUUGAUAGUUUUGCAGUCAGAGAAAGUAAGAUUUCAAACCAAAGACAGCGACUGAUCCCCUUCUUCUUCCCCCACAGAUUAGGAUUUGAAAUUAAUUUCUGGGUAGUCUUAAUCAGUAAAAGAAUUUGUCCAGUGUAACUACAUUUUGCCUCCUGAAUCAGCAACAGAAAAGUGAACUCACAUAACAUACACUGCUCUCCAACAUGUACCAUAUAUGAAAUAACUACCACCUGCAAAGCCAGCAUCAGUAUGGAAGCAAUUUUAAAGCUGACUUGGCAAUAAGGACUAAUAAAAAACAGGUCUCAAAUUCUGCAUAACUCCUACACUGCUUCUCUGUGUAAAUAUUACCUUACUAGCCAUACCUGUAUCUGGGGUGGGGUGCAGUCAUGAAUGACAUAAAUGAUUAUUUGUAAGCACUUGUGUUCAUUGUCCAAGCAAUUCCUGCACUUGGUGAAAUGAUUUUGCAUUAUCAUCUAAGGAAUGCCACAGAACACAGAACUCAAAUUUGUCUAGAGUAUAUAUUCAUAAUUUGAAAAAUGCAAAGGAGUUUUUCAGUGCUGUGUUUGCAACCAUGAUGUCACAUUCAGCUUCUAAUAACAAAAGUGUGCGUUGUUACCGUUUCACACUGUUUGAUAAAAGAUACUGUGACUAAAAUUGCCAAAAACCCCUGUAGUAUAAUUUGCUUUAAUAAGUAUAAUUUUGAAGGCUUACCAUUUCUACGUGAGAUUUAUUACCCUACCUGAGGAUGUACUUCAAACAGUAGCUAGGUAUGAUUUGCUUUUCAAACUGCAGCCAAGAUCAGGGCACAGCCAAAAACUAUAAAACAAACUGCAGGCCAUGGUGAAUUCAGAAGGAAGAAUGAAGAUUAGUGUCUAGUCCAAGCCUUCACAUUCUGGCCUCAGCAGAAACAAUUGCCAGACAUGAGAGCUGGAUGGGCAGAGAUAUGCCCUGGCUCCCCAGCCCUGGCACAGGGGACAGGAGUACGUUUGAGAAGGUAACUGGGCAAAGGCAGCAUCCCCAAGUCUAGCCUGGGGCAUUGGGAUGGCUUCAACCCAGAGCAGAAACAGGACAUAAACUUACAGAAAAGUAAGUUUCAUGGGAGUGAAAAGCAAAGCAAUGACUGCUCACCAGAUACAGAACCUGCUCAAAUGCUGUGGCAGAAGCACAGACUUUGUUUUUCAGAAGGAACUGUUACCGUGAUGAAAAAUUACAGCCAGCUUGGCCAAGAGGGUCUGCCUUGUAACUUGCUCUCUGCCUACACACACCCAACUCGAUUCUGCAGACAGCAGUGCUUUGCCCUGUAGCCCACAGUACUGCAGAAGCUUGAGUCUUGUUGCAGAGGGGGUCUUCCUUUUCAAAUAUGCCCACUUCUACCUUUUAAGAA